AUGUUCAGGCCUGUCGCUCGCCAUGCCGCAAGGCAAUUGCGCGCUUCUGCGCGCGCUGCGCCGCUCGCCCGCCGCCAGCUCCAUGCGCCAGUCUCCUUCGAUUACAAGGAUCCAUUGGGCUCCACCAAUCUAUUUACCGACGAGGAGCUCGCUAUAGCUGAGACGGCUGAGUCUUAUUGCCAAGAGCGCAUGUUUCCCCGCGUACUAGAGGCCUACCGCAACGAGGACUACGACAAGAAGAUCUUGGAGGAGAUGGGCGAGCUUGGCUUGCUGGGCGCGACCAUCCAGGGUUAUGGGUGUGCUGGCGUCAGCAGUGUCGCGUCAGGUCUCAUCACCCGUGCCGUUGAACGCGUGGACUCGGGAUACAGAUCCGGCAUGUCGGUGCAGAGCUCGCUUGUCAUGGGCGGCAUCGAAGAGUUCGGAACGCAGGAACAGAAGGACAAGUUCUUGCCGGGCAUGGCCAAGGGAAAGAUCCUAGGAUGUUUCGGUCUGACAGAGCCCAACCAUGGCUCAGACCCCGGCUCGAUGGAGACCAUGGCUAAGCCACACCCUACCAAGAAGGGAUACUUCUCCAUAUCUGGCGCAAAGACGUGGAUCACCAACUCUCCUAUUUCUGACGUGAUGCUUGUCUGGGCCAAGCUGGAAAGCACGGGUAAAAUCCGCGGAUUCCUGGUCGAGCGCUCUCAAUGUCCUCCCGGUACUCUCGAGACACCCAAGAUCAGCGACAAGAAUGGCCUGAGGGCGUCGAUCACGGGCAUGAUCCAGCUCGAUGAAUGCCCUGUCCCUGAGGCCAACAUGUUCCCCGACAUUGAGGGGCUUAGGGGUCCGUUCAGCUGCCUCAACUCUGCUAGAUACGGCAUUGCCUGGGGUACCAUGGGCGCUCUGGAAGACUGCAUUGACAGAGCCCGGAUGUAUGCACUUGAGAGAAAGCAGUUCAAGGGAAACCCACUCGCCAAGUACCAGCUCGUACAAAAGAAACUUGCCGACGCAAGCACCGAUGCGGCGUACGGCAUUCUGGCUGCUGCCCAGGUCGGUCGCCUCAAGGACCAAGGCAAGGCCGCACCAGAGAUGAUCUCAAUGAUCAAGCGACAGAACUGCGACCGGGCUCUUGUCAACGCCAGGAUAUUGCAAGAAAUUUUCGGUGGCAACGCCGUCAGCGACGAGUACCACAUCGGUCGCCACGUUGCGAACCUCUUCGUGACACAGACAUAUGAGGGCCAGAGCGAUAUUCAUGCCCUUAUUCUCGGUCGAGCCAUCACUGGCAUCCAAGCCUUCGUGUAA